GAAGCUCGAGAGAGAGAGAGAGCCUGCUUUAUUCACUGCGGCUUGUUCUGUACCUCUCUCUCUCUCUCUCUCUCUCUCUCUCUCUCUCUCUCUUUGCAUUUUGCAGUAUCGGUUGAGCUCUGCUCUGCUUCCUCCACCCAAUCACCACCGCCGAAGAAGUCCCCCCCCCGCAGGAGUAGGUCCGGGAAGAAUGAGCGCCGCCGCCGCCGAGCCGAAGAAGAAGUCGCCCGAGCCCCCGGCGGCGAGGCCCGGCUCCGACGACCGGAAGCCCCCGUCGGCCUCCUCCGCCGCCGCCGCCGCCGGCCGCAAGACCGUCAUCAAGAGCGCCGACAUGAAGGACGACAUGCAGAAGGAAGCCAUCGACAUCGCAAUCGCCGCGUUCGAGAAGCACAGUGUAGAGAAGGACGUGGCCGAGCAUAUCAAGAAGGAGUUCGACAAGAAGCACGGACCCACUUGGCAUUGCAUCGUCGGUCGCAACUUCGGUUCCUAUGUGACCCACGAAACAAACCACUUCGUUUACUUUUAUUUGGAUCAGAAGGCGAUUUUGCUGUUCAAAUCUGGAUGAUUUUAUCCUUCUGAGGUUGACGUUCACCAGAGGAUGAUGAUCCGACGCAAUUAUGGUGCUAUAAUUUGCAUCUGUGUGUAGUACGCUGCAUUAGACAACCAUUGGUAAAAGUAAGGACCUUCUGGUGCAUGAAGCUGUAUAUUAUUAUUUUGCAGUUCGCCUGGCAUCUUAAUGUUCUCCGAAGUUUGACAUUAUAAUGAAGAAGGUAAUCACGGUGUCCUCUCUC